ACUUUAUAUUCAGAGCACCCAUUAAAUUAAGCAAACCAGGGGAACUCCGAGAAGAAUAUGAAAGCCAGCUAAGGAAGCUGAGAGAAGAAAAACUACAAGAAGAAAAAGCUUCCGAGGAUCUAAUUCACAAGUUCAUUCUAGAUGAUGUGGAAGUAGGAAAAAGAAAAAUGGAAGAACAGCAGAAAAAAGAUGAAUCCUUAGUGCUUAAAGUGAACCAGGAGUCUUUUCCCGAGCGCCUCUCGGAUUCAGAGAAUGAAGAACCAUUCCAGGGCAAGCAGACACACCGCUCAGCAUUUGUGUCCAAGACCAGUGCCUACUCCUUUGCUUUCCUUUCAGGGAACCUCACCACCAAGGUGGAAAGGAGUCGGAGCUGCAAUGACACCGUUCAGGAGAGAUCAAAGAGCAGGCAGAGAUCAGCCCCAGCCAACAAAACAAAGGUGCCACCCGUCACCAGCACGUCGGCGCCGCUGGUGGGAGUUCUGUCGUCCACCCAGAACAACCGGUGCCUCUCCGCCCCCGACCUGACGGCAGAGCGGCGCCUGGUCCUCAACCCCGUGUCCUCCCUCUCCGUCCUGCACAGGCCAGAGCGCUCCAUCAGCCCCGAGAGCAACGACAGCAUCUCGGAGGAGCUCAACCACUUCAAGCCCAUCGUCUGCUCCCCGUGCACUCCUCCCAAGAGGCUUCCUGACGGCAGAGUGCUGAGCCCUCUCAUUAUCAAAUCCACCCCGAGGAACCUGAACCGCAGCCUGCAGAAGCCCACCACCUAUGAGGCCAGCCCUAGAAUACUGAAAAAAUGGGAGCAGAUAUUUCAGGAGCGCCAGAUCAAAAAGACUCUCUCUAAAGCCACCCUCACGUCCUCGGUUUCGGAACCCGGGGAGGACGUGACCGUCCCUGACGUCACCAACUGCAGCAGCUGCACUAAAGAGCAGCCGCAAGCGCAGGACGAUCCCCUCGCACCCGGCACGGCAGCAGAGCCUCGCCCCGAGCUGGAUUUCUUCCCUUCCGUCAGUGAAACGAAGCUGGGAAGGGGGAGUGAGAAGAGCAGAGAGUCACAGGCCUUAACAGCGGGCGCCGGCGCCGCCGAAGCAGAGGGAAGACCGAACGUCACCCCCCUGAACGCGCGAGUGUCCGAAGCCCCCGGGCUCAAAGUGAGCACGUCCACGGACAAGUCCUGCCUCAGCCGGGGGGGAAGGCUGGCGGUCGUCGGGGCCUCGGUGCCCAGCAGCAGCCCGCUCGGAAUCCCCGCCAAGACCUCGGGACAAAAGCAGCUGAAGUACCUGAACAGCAGCGAGCUGCUCAAGGUGCAGAACAGCACGUGCAGCUCCGUGGAGAACCUGCUCGGGGAGCAGCCCCCGUCGCUGAGGCGGGGCCGCAAGAGACGCUGCAAAACGAAGCACUUGGAGCACAACGGCUCCGUCAAGAGACUGAGGCACGCGGUGGGGGAGGUGGCCCUGCCUCCUCCGGAGGAGCGCCUGGUCCGGGAGGUGGAGCAGAAGCUCCAGCAAGAGGAGGAGGACAGGAGGUUGGCCCUGCACCUCCAGAGGAUUUUCGACAGCGAGAACAGGACGGUGGACAGGCGGAAAGUCCGGGUCGAUCGGUAUCUGCUGCGGUCGAAGAGCACUCUGGGGGCCAAGUAG